CUUGCCAGGCAGGUGCUUUGCCACUGAGCUAAAUCCCCAGCCACCCUAUGCGCUUUGUUUAAACUUAUAAUACAGAUGCUUCUUGUUUUCUAUAGUGAGAGGAUGGAUCAUUGCACCACAUGAUUAUGUAGUCUUUGAGAAACAUACCAUUUGGACCUUUUGGAGGCUUUGUUUUCUAGUUAAAUGUCAUACUGCCAGUUAAAGUUUUGACCUUUAGCUGUCUGAUGGUGAUUUUCCAGAUCGAAGUUAAUGUAUGUAAAUAGUCGCUGCACUGUUUUGUAUUAGUAGGAAAAGGAAAUGUCUCUGUUACCCUUCCUUCCACAACACUGUACUGAAGUCUGUGCGUGCCUCUGUACCUAUGAAACGGUGUUCUGAUUUCUAAUAGGUUUUCCAUCACUUGAUGUUCAGUAUCCUUACCUUCUAAUCCUGUGUUUGUUUCUGUUGCAGCAGAAGCAUGACGUAAAAGUCAAAAGACAGCAGUGUGUGCUACAACACGGCCAGAAGAGAAUACCGGCUGCUGGUCAGGUAUCUCAAGGAAUUUGUAGAGGAAGAGUUUGCUUCUUCAGUAACCCACAGUCUCCCCUCUACACAAAGAACUCUUAAGGCUGCUGGAAGGAUAGAAGCGAGUUAAACUGGAAGCUCGUCAGCAUCUCGGAGAAAGACAUGGAGUUUUGAGGAGUGAAGGUAGCAUGGUGUCGGCCAUGGGCGAUCAGGACACAGCUGGACAAUGCGGACCAAUUUCUUCAGACUGCGGCUUUUCUGCUGUGUGCUGGCGGUGUUGAUGGUGGUGGGCCUUGUCAUCAAUGUGACGCAGGUAGAGUACUUGGACCAUGAGACUGUGUCAGCCACGUUCAUUGACAGCAGUGGGCAGUUUGUUUCGUCCCAAGCUCUGGGCGCCAGCCGGAAUCCCUACUGUGGCUACGAGCGCCAGACCCUGUCCAGUCGCGAGCGCAUGGAGGAAGACGCCUUGCUGGCUGCCUUGCAGUGGCAGGGGCCUGAUGUGGGCCUGGUCCCCUUUGUGAAGAGCACCAGUCCUUCUGCUAGCUACUUUGUCAUCCUGAACUCUGCGGCCUUCUUCAAGGUGGGAAGUCAGCUGGAAGUGCUGGUUCAUGUGCAGGACUUCCAAAGAAAGCCCAAGAAGUACGGCGGAGACUACCUGCAGGCCCGGAUCCACUCCCCCGCGCUGCAGGCCGGGGCUGUGGGCAGGGUGGUGGACUACCAGAAUGGGUUUUACAAGGUGUUCUUCACUUUGCUCUGGCCUGGCAGAGUUAAAGUGUCCAUAUCUCUGGUUCACCCCAGUGAAGGGAUCCGAGUUCUUCAACACCUGCAGGAAGAGAAACCAGACAGGGUCUAUUUCAAAAGUCUGUUCCGUUCGGGAAGAAUUUCUGAAACCACUGAGUGCAAUGUGUGUCUUCCUGGGAGUCUGCCGCUCUGUAACUUCACAGAUCUGUACACUGGAGAGCCCUGGUUCUGCUUCAGGCCCAAGAAGCUCCCUUGUAGCAGCAGAAUUAACCAUUUCAAGGGCGGAUACCUGAAGGGCCUCCUAACGGCGUCAGAGAGCGCUUUCUUCCAGAGUGGCGUCAACAUUAAAGUGCCCAUCAACUCCAGUGGACCUGAUUGGGUGACUGUGAUUCCCAGCAGGAUAAAAGAAACGUACAACUUGGAAGUAUCUCAAGCCUCAGGAACUUUCCCUUCUGGGUAUUAUUACAAAGACCAGUGGAGACCCAGAGCGUUUAAGAUGCGGCAGUUUAAUGACCCCGACAACAUUACGGAAUGCUUGCAGAGGAAGAUAGUGUACUUAUUCGGUGACUCCACAAUCAGGCAGUGGUUUGAAUACCUCACAGCAUUUGUCCCAGAUUUGGUGGAGUUUAACUUGGGUAGUCCCAAGAAUGUGGGUCCCUUCCUGGCAGUGGACCAGAAGCACAACAUCCUGCUCAAGUACCGCUGCCACGGCCCGCCCAUCCGCUUCACGACCGUCUUCAGCAGUGAGCUGCGCUACGUGGCGAACGAGCUGCGCGGGAUCGUGGGCGGGAAGAACACGGUGGUUGCCAUAGCCGUGUGGUCUCACUUCAGCACCUUCCCCUGGGAAGUGUACAUCCGGCGGCUCCGGAACAUCCGCAGAGCGGUGGUCCAGCUCUUGGACCGAAGCCCGAAGACCGUAGUGGUCAUCCGGACAGCCAAUGCCCAAGAGCUGGGUCCUGAGGUGAGCCUCUUCAACAGUGACUGGUACAACCUUCAGCUGGACACUAUCCUCCGGAGGAUGUUCUCAGGCGUUGGUGUGUAUCUCGUUGACGCGUGGGAGAUGACCCUGGCCCAUUACCUACCCCACAAGCUGCACCCCGAUGACGUGAUCGUGAAGAACCAGCUGGACAUGUUCUUGUCCUUUGUGUGCCCCUCGGAGACCUAGCCUGCCCUGGCGGAGACAGGAAUCCCGUUCAGGGACCUUCCCGACUAUCUGCAUUACAGACAGUGCGUGGGUGGCCUCACGGUGGGGCGGCUACUACCAGUAUGUACAAAAUUUCAAAGGGGUCUGUGCUUUAUAACAUGAACUGCAAGGAGCUUAGUCAGUACAGGCUACAUUUAUAUCUACCUGGAGGGUUUUUUCUUCCAAACUUAGCCAUGGUAGAAGCAUAUUAACAGCACACACAGUGUGUCCCCUCUGUAACCAAAGAUGCCAAGGAGUGUAUUUCAACUAGCUUCUCUUGGGAGUGGAGAUUACUAAAAUGUGAAAGAAGUAGUCCGAUGUAAAUGGAAGGGACAGAUUUUAUUGACAGUAGAGUGUAGCUUAUCUGGUACAGGAAGUUGAACAGAUCCUUGUGAAUAGCACAAGUGGUCCGUCUUCGGGGAGUGAAUUAGGGCUUACGGUCGGAGGCUCCUGUAACAGUGAAGACACCAUGUCUCAGGGGGUUCUCUUCGUCUACCUUUUCUGAAUUACUUGAAAAGGCCAUUGUGUUUGGUCUGAGUUUUAUAGUGAGGAUAUUAACAAUUUUCUGUUUUUAUCUAGGAAAGAAGCAGAAGGGAAAUAGACUAGUAUGUAUAAUGUCUGUGUUUUGAAUUGAUAUUUGGAUUGAAUGAUUAUUUCUUACUUGAUUCAGCUAAAUUUUAUGUGUUGAAUACUUACUCUGGAAUAAUCACUUUUGGAACUGAAGGGGGAAUCUGUAAAUAAAAGUUUAUUUUUAUGUUCUGAA